CUCUUCUACGCGCAGUUUGGCGUCACCGCGCUCCCCGGGUGCGGACAGCAGGCUAACAGCGUCCGUUACAGCCGUGGGACUUUUGGGCAUAGCCUCAACGCAACCAAUUGCGAGUUGUAGAGCCUGCAUACCCACCUUGAGACUUAUCCCGUCUUCUGUGCACAAUGGCGACGCUAGAACCCGGAACGAAGAGCGUCCCGCUUUCGAUCACCGAAGAUGAAGCGGCCGUGUAUGACAGGCAGAUCCGCCUCUGGGGCCUCGAGGCCCAGCAAAGGAUGCGAAAUGCCACCAUCGUCGUGGUCCGACUGAAGGGAGUCGCCACGGAGGCGAUCAAGAACAUCGUCCUGGCGGGCAUUGGCAAGCUCGUCGUCGUCGACGCAGACGACGUCGCCGAGGAGGACCUCGGCGCAGGUUUCUUCUUCAGAGACGAAGACGUUGGCGAAAAGCGAGUGGAUGCGGCAAAGUCGCAUAUCGAAAGCCUCAACCCUCUUGUGGUAGUGGAAACCGUGUCAGACCCAUCUGUCCUCGAAGGUGAUGCCCUCGACAAGCUCCUCGACGGCGUCGACAUGGUUUGCGUGACAGACUCUGACCGCAACACUCUGAUCCGCCUGAACGACGCAUGUCGACGACUCAACAAGCCCUUCUAUGCCGGGGGCUCCUAUGGCCUUGCGGGCUACAUCUUCUGCGACCUGCUACAACAUGACUACAUCGCGCCGGACAAGUCAGGCCAGAAGGACGCCACCAAGAACGUCAAGAACACCGCCACAUAUGUCCCGCUCACGGCUGCUCUGCAGCACCGGUGGACGCGCAUGACGAGGCGGCAGACCAAGGAGCUCAACCCGGCGGUCGUGUUCACCGUGCUCGCGGUCUGGGAGUAUCAAAGUGCCCACCAGGGCGCGCUGCCUGACGACCCGGCGGCGGCGGCGGAGCUGGAGGCCAUCGCCAACAGGCUCAUCUCGGAGGCCGACGUGAACAAGCAGACCCUCCCGAGCAUCCCGAGGGAGCUGAUAGAUACGAUGGCGACCACCGCAGCGCACGAGCUCUCACCUGUGUGUGCCGUCGUCGGCGGCCUCCUGGCGCAGGACAUCCUGAAGGCGCUCGCCGCCCGCGAGCCCCCCAUCGCGAACUUCUUCACGUUCGACGGCAACCUGGGCGGCGGUACGGUGGUCAGGAUGUCCAUGCCGUAAAAACUCUGCGGGGCACAUGCGGGGCGAUGACGGCAAGCAGUGCUCGGUUCCCUGCCCAGUGUCGAUAGUGCUCCUGUACGCGCUGCUGUAUUCCAUCGGUGUAUAUCCGACCAUUUCGCG